AUGUCACGUUUUCAGGAUGGGACGACGUUCAAACACGACGAAGCGCAGAAGGACAACCUUGAGAGGAUGUUCAUAACGUCGAACACAUUCAACAGAUCCCUUCGGCACACAAUUCUGCUUGCCUCCAUCGACGAUACCAAAAUUGCUGUGCUUGUUGCCGGGGUGUUCCCCUACAGGAACAUCGAUAUAAUGGAAGCGACACAACAAUUCAAUCAGGAUUGUGUCAUGUUCUACGACAUGCACUACAGUGUCGCUUUCGGCGGCGUUUCCUUCAUUGUCUCCACAUGCGGACCUUUUAUGGAUUGCAAACAGAGGGUCAGAGAGAAUGGAUGAAUGUGAAUUGGAAUGAAUUGAUUCAGGAAUUGAAAGCGCCGCUGGUCGUGCCCCCAAAUCACCAUUCAGGAUGUCAUACCUUCAUUUUUAAUGUCAAAUUGGACAUUGACUCUUCGUUAUGGGACGCAGCUCAUAGGUAUGUCAGGGAAAGAGACGUAUUCAGAACUCGAACGCCUUCAGAUAUGUCCGUCUUCUCUUUGGAUACAAUUUGUAUACGAUUUCACUUGAAACGACAAAACGCGACUGGGAAACUGAGAUUGCCGCUCUUCACAAUCGUUUUGACACUAAAACGAAGGCUGUCCGAAUCGGGGAAGUUCUUCUCGAGAUGCUUCUCUCCGGAUCGACUGACUCCAACGGUGAAGCGUUUCUUGAAAGAGGACUCGGAAAUGACGGACUGGCUGGAGUCCGAGAGUUCACCGAAAAGUACAUGACGUGGGUGUCUUGCCUCGCUGCCCUUCUCAAUCGCUCCGCUUUCCAGUGAAGUGUGCCGUCUUUCUCGUGGUCAACUGGCCUCCUCCGCUCGUAAUAUGUGCUUCCAACGAUGCGAAUUCGCCACUGCCCUUUCAAGAUCCGAUCUCUACUCGAGUUUGGAAGUGGACGAAAAUAUCCUUUACAAGGAAGAAGUUCCAGUUCCCGAGACUUCAGUUAAUGCUUGGUUGGCAAAGUUGGAGAAUGAAAUCGAUAUUUUGGACUUGAAAACUCGGCAUCUGGGAGUUCAAUGUCUGACUAUGAUGUGAGUGGGAACCUGUUUGGUGUGUGAAAUGAGAUCAUUUGCAGGCAAGAACUGAAUCACCUUUCCAAGUGGAUUUCUCUCACAAAACCGUUCGCCAAGUCAAUGAAAGUGAACGCAUUGAUGAAAAUAAAACGGAUGGACAUCGAGCAAAUACUCAGAGUGAGCUCUUUUCCACGGCGGCUCACGAACGUCCCUUUCAGUACAUCGUUUCAAACUUCUUCCCCGAUGACGAUUCUUCCGAUGAGAUCACGAGCAGACUUUUCGAAUUGAGAGAUUUGCUCAAUGAGCAGAAGAAAAGGGACGCGAAGAAAGACUUCGACGAAGUAAAAUAUCUGGAAAAGAUGGCAAAGUGCGCAGAAGAGGAACGGUCAGAGCUGGCGAACAAGUGAAUGAAUAACUUGAACUUGAAAAUAAAUACAAACAACAUUGCAGAUACCAGACAAAGUUAAAAUUCCCAGCACUGCCAGCAGAGGAAGAAUCCGUUGAAAUGAAGGAAGACAACGAAGUGAAGACUGCGGCUAAUACCACUCUAAACAGUACAUCCGAACGGACCACUUUGGAAGAACCGAUCAAUCUGGACAGAGUCGGACCGUUCUUCACUGACGAAUUGUCGGAGAAAGCGCUGGAAGUGUUGCCGCGCUGCAAUGAUCUUUACGACAAUGUUCUCGAUAAUAAAGCUGCUUAUUUCAAUUCGGAUGAAAUCAGAAAGAUUGGGUAAGGCACAACGGCCAUAAUUAAAAGAGGAAAAAUGAUUUGCAGUUUGAUGGCUGCUCUCAAGAACCUUGCCAAAACGCUCUCUUCUCCACAGGUCAUGUUCUGUGAUAGUCAGGGAAAUACGAAGAACCAGGAAGUGGUGAGUGCAUCCUGUUCAUCUCUUCCGAAUUAAAUAUUUAAGCAAUUCAUUUACGAACUGGGAUCCGGUGUAGCCCAUCAAGGAUUCGUGAACGCCAAGAUCACCAACGUCACGCAUCAGGCGCUGAACGCUCAAUCAUUCCAUAAUGUUCCUGGCUUGGGGUUAGAUCAUACUGAUUCAAAAGUCACAAUAAAAACAAUUUUUUUCUCAGAAGAGCAAUUCAAGUGACGGCCAUCGAAAGGACAUCUCUGAGGGCGACCGUCAUUGUGCCGACUCGUGACGCCAAUUUAAUGAAAGACUCGAUUUCUGUUGUGAACGAUCACAUUGAGAAAAUGAACAGACAUCAUAAUAUCGAUGUUAGAUAAAUCACAGUGAUCUUGAAAAAUCAAAUGCUUGCUUUCAGAAAGUGGGCGUGGUUGUAAGUGCUGCUCUCGACCUGGGAGAAGCGAUGGAAGUGGAUCCGAACGAAUUGACAGUCGACGUGACUGUGGGACAGUUGGUGAGUGCGAAAGAUCCUUGAAAGAUCGUCUCUGUAAGCAUCUAGUCAUCUAAUAACACUUAACGAAUUGAUAUGUCUACGAAUUGACGUAAAAGUCGAAAUUCUACUGAGAAACACGUAAUCACAACUUCCUGUUGCCGGAAAACAAAUCUUAUUGCAGUAUCCGCAGUACGACAAACUUUCCCAAUACGAGCAAGUCUUCCCGCUGCGACACGGAGAGCUCGUCGUCGUGGUAGGAAUCAAGAGAAUAAUCAGAAAGCUUCUGAACAGAUUACUUUCAGGGAAGGUUCGGAUCAAAUGAGAACAAUGUUUUUGUGCCUCGCAUUAUGCGGACCGUAUCCACGUAUCCACACGCCGAGCCCAACAGGAAGAAUACGUUCGUGGUUCACGCGUCAGAAGACGGAAAGCCUGGGCCGAAGUUUGAGAACAUGAUUGUGCACCCGACGACCCAGUUGAUCGCUUUCUUGCACGAAGACAAGAUCACGCUUGGAGACUUGAAGCCGGAGCAGCCAGUGGAGCCGAAGAAGAAGUCGACGAAAAAGAACUUCCGGGACUACCAGAAACGCCGUGAUCGGUACCGAGAAGACAUGGGAUUUGGCGUCAACGUGAACGAUAUCCAAUACGACGUUCUAGUGCAGGAGGCCAUGGACAACGGCCGCGAUCUCACCGAUAAUUCGGAUCUCAACAAUGAGGAUGAAUAA